AUGACUCUCCUUCAGCCUUUCAGUGCCCUGGUACUUUGGAUUUCACUGAUGAUGUUAAUGAGUUCAGUUAACACAGAUAAACCUGAAGAGAAUAGGUAUUCCUGCCCAGUAAUUCAGUGCAGUGCUCCUGCGGUCAAUGGUUUACCAGGCAGAGAUGGAAGAGAUGGUCCCAAAGGUGAAAAGGGAGACCCAGGAGAAGGAUUGAGAGGUCUGCAGGGUUUUCCUGGAAAAGCAGGACCUCCUGGAAUGAAAGGAGAUGUAGGACCACGAGGAGAGAAAGGACAAAAAGGAGAACAAGGAAUUGUAGCAACCGAUGGCCUGCAGAGACAAGUAACUGCUUUGGAAACAAAACUCAAGGUUUUGGAAGAUGAAUUAAAUAGAUACAAAAAUGCUUUGAUUUUAAAGAACAUCAGAAGCAUUGGUAAAAAAAUGUUUGUCUCAACUGGAAACCAAGAUACUUUUGAAAAUGGAAAAUCCCUUUGUGCGAGAGCUGGAAGUACACUUGCUUCUCCUAGGAAUGAUGCUGAAAAUACAGCUUUAAAAGACUUACUGAGACCUGCAAGGCAAGCUCAUAUAGGGAUAUCUGAUGCACAGACUGAGGGCAGGUUUGUGUACCUGAGCGGAGGGGCUGUAACUUACUCAAAAUGGAAUACUGGAGAACCAAAUAAUCUAAGAAAUGAAGAUUGUGUGGUAAUACAAGAAUCUGGAAAAUGGAAUGAUGUGGACUGUUCAAAUACACAGGCCUUAAUUAUCUGUGAAUUCUUGAGCUGACAAAUCUAAGAAAAUCAACAUUUUUGUUCUCAGUUGAUAUAGAACUUGGUUGAUAUAGAAGUUUGUUACCAUUUAUGGCCUGGAAAAAUCAAAACCUGCAUGUAUUUAUAAUCAUUUUCUUUUUGACAUUCAGUUUUGAAUCUACUAAUGAAAUAGACCUGUUUGUUCAAUCACUAUGAAUUAAUUUGUGCUUACCACAUAGGCUGUUGGGGAUCUUACGUUCAUAUAGGCUUCUGGAGGGCUGAACUCCACAUCAGCU